CGCUCUCCAUCUCCAGACCUGAGGAUAUUCCUGUAUCUCCUUGCCUUCCUAAUUGAUCCAAAUUCACUUUCUCUGCUAUCCCUAAAGACACAGCAUGCAAAAUAAGCUGCGAGAAAACACUGUGGAGUUUCUUCUCCUCUCUCUCUCUCUCUCUUGGACUAGUUAAUGCCUAGUUGCUUUUCUGUCCUCACAUCACACGAGUUUUGCGCCUCUGGAAGCUCGUCGGGAGCCAAACAGAACCACAGUGAUGGCUCUCCCUGCAAGGAUGUUAUGAUAGCCUAUUACCAUACGAGGAGAUUUUUCUUUUUUUAGCGAAAACCAGCUUAUCCGUUCAUGCAAAGGUCGGGAUGUUGGACGAUAAAUCCAAACUAUGUGUUCCGUCUUUUUAUAUCGACAACCUGCUGGGGACCUCCGGCGGGGAUUUGUCUGCAGGAAAGCGGGUGGAGAACCCCGGCUUCAGAGUUAGCGGCGCUGCACCCAGUUUGGUGGGCAAGGAGCUGGAAACAGGACUGUUUCCAAACGCUGGAGGUUUUGUAGCAGAGCUUCAUGGGCUCAGCAUUUCAGAUGAACAGGGGGCCCAUGGACCAACAGUUCAAGGAGAUUUCCAAGCUUCAUCAGACUCAGCCGAGGAGAGCGAUGAAUCAGGGAAGAGAGACAGCAGUCUCACUAAUGACAGAAAGGAAAAAACGAAGCAUCCCUCCUGCAACCGAGGAGAUGAUAUAGGUAAGAUAGGUGAGGUGAAAAUGCUGCGGAAGAAGAAGACCCGCACCGUGUUCAGUCGUACUCAGGUCUUCAAGCUGGAGUCCACCUUCGACCUGCAACGUUACCUAAGCAGCACUGAGCGAGCUGGGCUGGCCGCCUCGCUGCAGCUCACAGAGACGCAGGUCAAGAUCUGGUUUCAAAACCGAAGGAACAAAUGGAAACGUCAGAUCACCACCGACAUGGAAACCAGUGGCGCCCUCGCACCGUACACUUCCCACAAGGUCGUCAGAGUUCCUGUGGUGUACAGACAGAACAUUGGCAUGCCUGUGACUCUGACCAGCCUACCUCAGGUGUCAUCACCAAUUAUUGGGCUCUCAGAUCCCAUCACCUUUCCAAUGACUGGACACCACCUUACCCACCCAGUGAUGUUCAUGUCACAACAGAUGACAGGACUAGUAUGAUGUAUGAUUGGAAAUAAAGAGAAAACACUAGAAAUUCAAACCAACCAAUAUACCGGUAGAUGCCCUGAACUUUUUCACGAAACUCUGGGAUUAUAAUUUCUUCUGGAUAUCUUUUUCUAAUAAAGGCAACACAAUCCCAUCAAGGUUUUUUUUUCCCCAGCUAAUAUAUCAAGUCUUUUCAAAGGUUAAGACCUAUGAGUGAAGAUCGUGUAUUUCAUUUUUUCACAUGAUAGAGGUGGCCACAAAAGUUCUAUUUUUGAUUAUCGUUUUGCUUUUAUGGCUUUUUAACAGAAAUAAUUUUGUUGAAUUGGGAACAGUACAACUUUCAGCUGCAAUGCUUGUUAAUUAUUUAGCUCAGACCUUAAAAUGCUGGCAAACAAAGUUUCUAAUGUGCCAGAAAAUGUUACAUUAAUAAAUGGUUUAUGGAGUAUGAACAAAUAACUCAAUGACACAGACUGCAAAAGCACAGUUCUCAUCCAGAUGUUAAGCAGUGGACUUUUCUAAGUGGACUGGAAUGUUGUCUGUCUUUCACAUGUAAGCUAACAGUGCUGAUUUUCUUUCAGGGAGAAGUACAUGGCUCUCAGCCAUGGGCUCCAUUUUGUUAUAGGUUAUCACCGGUCAAAAAGAAAAAAAUCCCCACAUAUUUAUGUUAUUUAUAACCCAAAAUUAAUUUUCUGUUCUGGUUGGAAUGUCCAUGUACUGUUGCUUGGGUUUCAUGCUGUGUGGAGCUCUGUGCAAAAUCAAACUAAACUAAGGGGACAUGUUCUUACUUUAUCAAGAAAAUCUGGAAUCUUUAAAAAUCUGAAAUAUAAAAUACAUAGUCCGGUCAGACUUCAAUGUGAUUAAUCUACAAUGAACAUAAAUUCUUUAUAAAACACUUAAAGGUAUGGUUUAGGAUUUUGGAAAGUUUUUCAAAAGACCAGCCCUCUCCACUUUAGAAAAAAAAUGCACAUGAACAACCCUGUACCCACUUCUGAGAGGGACUGCCUAAUAAAUGCUUGCAAGAGCGUGUACGAGCCCAUUUCUCCUCGUGCAGCUCUAUUUAAAAGUUGCCGUCUGCAUCGCUCAUACAAGCUUACUUUCCAAAAGCAGAUUUG